AUGGCGCAAAAGAAGAGCAUCGUCUUCUUCCACCCAGACCUGGGCAUUGGAGGUGCCGAGAGAUUGGUGAUUGAUGCUGCUGUUGGCCUCCAAGCGCGUGGCCACAAGGUCACCAUCUUCACGUCGCAUUGCGAUCCAGGCCAUUGCUUUGAAGAAGCUCGUGAUGGAACCCUCGACGUACGAGUCCGCGGCAACUCGCUUGUCCCCUCAACCAUCUUUGGUCGCUUCGCCAUUCUCUGUGCCAUUCUAAGACAGCUGCACCUCGUCUGCAUAAUCGCAUUAUGGAACUACGAACUCGACCAUCUCAAACCUACCCACUUCUUCAUCGAUCAACUGAGUGCCGCCGUGCCUCUCCUCCGCUUCCUCUAUCCCGACGUCGGCAGUCUCUUCUACUGUCACUUCCCGGAUCAAUUGCUGGCUCAAAAAGGAGAAGGUGCCAUAGCUGUUCUGAAGAAGGCCUACAGAGUGCCUUUCAAUGCCAUUGAAGGCUGGAGUACUGCUUCUAGUACUGGUAUCGUCGUCAACAGCAAAUUCACUGGUGGUGUCGUGAAGCGUGUCUUUCCUCAACUGUCAAGUAGGGACUUGAAGGUCGUUUAUCCUUGUGUCGACACUUCGCCUGCGAAUCAGCUGCAGCGAAAAGCCAUGUGGCCAGGUCGAAAGCUCGUCUUGAGUAUCAACCGCUUUGAAAAGAAGAAGGACGUUGCUCUUGCUGUCAAAGCUUUUGCCAUGCAACAGGAUUCUAUUCGCAAGUCCGCUUUGCUAGUCAUUGCUGGCGGCUAUGAUCCUCGCGUUCCCGAGAACGUCAGCACUCACAAGGAACUACAGGACCUGGCCGAUUCUUUCAAACUCGCACAUGAAACUCACAAAUCGCUCCCUGAUCCUUCCGCCAUUUCUUCCAACACAUCGGUCCUCUUCCUCCUCUCUGUCCCCAACUCACUAAAGCAGUCUCUUCUUGCUUCUGCCGACUUGCUCGUAUACACUCCACAGAACGAGCAUUUUGGUAUUGUGCCUCUCGAGGCUAUGCUCGCCGAAGUACCCGUGCUGGCUGCUAAUGAAGGUGGCCCUCUUGAAACCGUUGUUGAAGGAGAAACUGGCUGGCUACGUGACAUCCGCAAGCCUGAAGAAUGGUCUGCUGUCAUGUCACGUGUUCUCUCAUCCCCCAAUCCUGCCGAAUUGCGCAAGAUGGGCGAGAAUGGCCGCAAGCGCGUUGAAGCUGAAUUCUCAAAGGAGCAAAUGGCUCUUCGUCUUGACCAGUCUCUGGACCAAGUUUCAAACCCACCAAAGAGACCUGCAACUAUACCUGACUGGCUUUGGAUGGUUAUCAUUGUUGGUGUGAGUGGUGUUGUUUUGGCUCUCGGAGCUACUUGGCUAUUGUUCCUUGGGUUGGACUUGGUCGUGGACAAGCAGGAAGGCUUGCGGCAACACAACGCUGGCAAGACAGUCACUGAGAGCAUCAUUGCUACCGCAACACAAAUCGUGAAAAACGAAUUGUAG